AUGGCGAAAAAAUUCGAUUUGGAUGAACUUUUUGGAUACGAAACUUUCAAGAUUGUUAAGGUCAAAGAUCGAAGAUUGGGUAUACUUCAUCGAGUAUUCCAACUUGCCAUCUUUAUUUAUAUUCUAUUUAGUAUCUUAAAUUCUCAAUUAUAUCUAAAAAAGGAACCCCCGGUACCUGGCGCAGUUAGAAUAUCGCUGCAAGCACCUCCAACAUUUACAAAUCCAUCAUAUUGUAUAGGAGGGGAAUUGCCUUGUGUUUACUGGGGAGCAGAUGAAAUACAUUUUCCAAAUGACGCAGCAGGUGUAGCAUUUUUUACCACAAGGGCAACUGUAACAAAAUAUACAGCACCUGAAAAUUGUAAUUUCCUUUUGCCAUCAUCACCUGGAGAUCCUUGUAUUUUUAAUGCUAAGACCAGUACUGGUCAAAUUAUAAUGAAUAAAUCCUACAUUGCAGAUAUUGAAAAUUAUUCUGUUAUGAUUGAACAUUCUAUUAGAGGAAAAGCUACUUCUAUUUCACUUCGUAAUGGGCUUAUGGAUGGUGAAUUAAUUUCUGCUAUUGAUGGUAAAUCGAAAAGAUCAUGGACUAACGCAACUAGAGCUAUAGAAAAUCCAAGAGCCAACGGUGAUAUUUUAUCAGUGAAGCAAAUUCUUGAAGCCGCAG